AUGAAAGAGUCCCGACCAUCAAAUGUCAAACUAUUCAACUUAGUGGCAAUCGCAUCUUGGAUUUUCACUCUGUCUAAAGAAUCCUUACCUAAUCUCAGGCUACAAACGAAGACACUUGAAAAUCAACCCCGUGACCUGAGGAAUGCAGGGGUUCUUCAUGUGCCUUUAACUAGUCAAAUACCUAGCCCAUCCAGUCUCGUAUCAAGUGCUAUAGUGUCCUAUGUCAAAAAGGGUCUGUACACUGCAGAGGAAACAGUUCGAUGGACCUAUGAGCAGUUCUAUACUCACUAUUCGAUGGGAGCCCAGCUCUCCUUAAUUGCUCACACAGCACCUUCGAUAGCCAUCUCAUCAUAUGUCGAUGUGCUCGAUGAUAUACACUAUCUGUCGCAGCUGAACUCAUCGCGGUUCCUCAAAACAUGCAAAGCUUUGGAUCCAAAUGGGGAAAUACUGAUCAAAGUGUUUAUAAAACCUACUGAUGAGUACAGUUUAACAGAACUAAGCAGACAGCUAACCAAAGAAUCCUUAGUCUUAGCUCCACUACCAAAUGUCUUGAACUAUAGCAAGAUCGUGGAGUCCGACCGGGCAGGCUACCUCAUCCGACAACACUUGAAGUCAAGUGCAUAUGACAAGCUAAGCUCACGGCCCUCACUUGAACCAAUCGAGCUUAAGUUCAUCAUAUUUCAGCUUUUAAGGUCACUAGACGACAUACACAGCAGAGGCGUGUGCCAUGGCGACUUGAAGCUGGAGAAUCUCAUGCUCACGAGCUGGAACUGGCUUGUGGUGACAGACUUCUCAAGCCUUCUAAAACCUACUUAUCUUCCUGAUGACAAUCCCGGAGAAUUUUCCUUCUAUUUCGACACUUCUCAAAGAAGAAGUUGUUAUGUUGCACCCGAAAGAUUCGACUCAGAGCAGUUUCACAAGAAUGUUCAAACGAAACCUGGAAUAAAACCUGAGAUGGACAUCUUCAGUGCAGGCUGUUGCAUAGCAGAGAUUCUCUCGGAGGGAUACUCUGUCUUCAAUCUCUCCCAGCUGUUCAGGUAUAGAAACGGCGAGUACAAUCCCAGUGAGUUUCUCGAUAAGAACGUGACUGAUCCGCUUUUUAAAGAGCUCAUAAUGAGCAUGAUCUGUCUGGACCCUCAAAAGAGAAGUAGUGUCCGAGAAAUUUUAGCGAAGUACAGAGGAUCGCUGUUCCCAGAAAUUCUGUACACGUUUUACUACGAAUACUUCAAAAAUCUUGCAAUAUGCGGCGGAGGAUCCCCUAGUAUCGGUAAAACUUACAGCUCCUCUACAUUAAGUUCACAAGUAUUUGAAGGAGACAGAGUCGUUGAAAAGAUAUUCAAGGACUUACCCAAAAUAUGUGCUUCUCUUGGCUACCCGCUAAGAAAGGUUGAACCUGGUGACAAAACCUACGAUCAAAAGCAGCAAUUAAUAAUAUCGCUGCCUUUCAUUGGCACCAUCGAGCUCCAAAAAUUCAGUGCUAUUUCAUCAUCUUUAAACGAAGAGUCAGCGCUCUUGCUUCUCUCGAUUCUUCUUCAUUCUUUGAGGACCAUUAAUGCCGCUUCAACACGCCAAAGAUGCAUGGUGCUGAUAUUAGCUUUGUCGCAGUAUGUUUCAGAUAGCAACAAGCUCGACAGGAUCAUACCAUAUAUCGUUUCGAUGUUUUUCGAUGAAAGUCCUAGUGUCCAAGCAUUAUCAGUACAGGUACUGUCACAGAUUUUGACGUUGGUAACAGAGCUCAAUAGGGUGAACGAGAACAUAUUUGUCGAGUACUUAAUUCCGCGACUAAAAAAGCUAAUUUCAAGCUCCAAACACUCAGAGUACGUAAGAAUGGUUCUCGCCGAGAAUAUAGGAAACCUCGCGAGGUCAGCAGUUCGUUUCCAAGACAUCUCUUACGCGUCAUAUUUUGAAGAAGAGCAUGAUGUACAAGGAUUGGAGAUUUUGCAGAAAAUGAAAAUGAGGCUUAUUCAUGGGUUUGAAGAGAUUACCAUUGCUUUCCUGACGGACAAUCAAUCGAGCGUAAAGAUAGCUCUUUUAUCUGAUAUCCUCCCUCUUUGCGACCUUUUUGUAAGAGAGAAAACUAAUGAUGUAAUACUGAGCCAUCUCAUUACUUACCUAAAUGACAAGAAUUCGUCCCUUCGAAUAAAACUGAUACAAGUGAUAACUGGCGUUGCCGUUUUGCUCGGCCCGAUUACACUUGAACAAUACAUUCUACCCCUACUUAUUCAAACUGCUACUGAUUCCGAAGAACUUGUCGUUGUGACGGUGCUCAAAAGUCUCAAGUCUUUAUGCACUAUCGGACUUAUCCAAAAAAAGUACUUUUUUGACAUAUCAAGUAUUGUAUCACCUCUUCUGCUCCACCCCAAUAUCUGGAUUAGGCAGUUUUCGCUAAUACUUUUAAUCGAAAUCUCCCAUAAGCUAUCGAAAGCCGAAAUUUAUUGUCUCUUGUACCCAAUCAUUAGACCCUAUUUUGAAUUUGAUGUUCAACUUACGUGGGAGUCAAUGGUAUCAAGCUGCAAAAAGCCAGUUUCAAGAACUGUGUACAACAUCCUUUGCACCUGGUCCUUACGAUCGACAAACAGUCUAUUUUGGAAACAAGUCCCAAGCAAACAAAAAGACUCAUUUGGGAACAGCAGUGCUAUUUUCAUUAACAAAGAAUACACGACGAAAAACUACGGGUUUGGUGGUGCUUACAAACUAUCUAAAACUUCCUUGAAGCUUGCCGACAAUCGGGAGAUCAUGUUGACAAAUGAAGACAAAGGAUGGCUUGAUAAGAUAAAAACUGUAGGCUUGAAAGAAAACGAGCUUUGGAAAAUAGCUGCUCUGAGAGCCUACGUGUUCCGCGUUGCUAAAAUGAUUGCUCGGAAGCCAGAUGCAAUCAUACCUAAUAACCCGCUCCUAGGUAACGAGGCGCUAUCAAAAAGAGGCUUCAGCUCAUACCGCUUACCAAGGAAUGUUUUCUUCGAUGUUCAAUUUCUCAAUGAUGAAACUCACAUGCGUGAUAGCACUCACGUAAUCAUUAAGCAUAGCAAUACUCCUGAGCAGGCCAUCUCUGAACGCAUACCGCGAACGAAAUCAAUCGAUCUCAACAAGUCGUUGCUUCUCAAUGCAAAGGCCGCUCCGACAUUAAACUCAAAUUUAGACAACGUUUAUGUCCAACUGGAAUGCUCCAAAAGUAAGCCCUUACUGAAGAAAAAACCUGCAUCUUGUCAAAGCGAAGUGAGCCCCUCAAAGUACGUUAUAAAAAACAGCUACGAAGGAGGCGACUGUAAUGUGGAGAGCUAUCUAAGAACAAUUGAUGUAAAGCCGCCCUUCAAAGCUUAUCCUGAGUUUGGCCCCUUUUCUAAUCUGAGAGGCGGCACCUCUGGAAAAACCGCUUUUCGUUCUUUAGCUCAGUUGAAUUUCGCUUUCCAAGUUGCUGAGCAAAAAUCAGCAGCUAUCAAUGCAUUAAGCGCAUGCAACAGCCGCUCUUUUAUCCUGAGCGGGUCCGAUGAGGGAGCCAUAAAAUUGUGGGACAUGGAAAAAAUCUUGAAAGGCGAGACUUUCCUUCCUACGGCGAGCUUUCAUGCUGGGUCUUCUAUUGUGGAUAUUGUGCCACUGGCUGGAUGUGAUGUUUUUGCGGUCGCUGCUAAGGAUGGCUCCAUCUUUCUGCUUAAAAUUAUCGAUUCUGAAUCGAAAGGAUCCGAACCCUCCACAAGCUCACUUCGGGUAGUCAGAAAGUAUUUGCUGGAUGACGCAUCUGAACAUGUUAUCAAGCUCGCAACAACCCCUAGGGAUGACGAGCCGAUGAUAUAUGCUUUGACAAAUACGUCCAAGCUUUUUGUUAUUGAUCCGAGGACAAUGCAGCCAACUAAAAUUAUUAAAAGUGAUCCUUUACACGGCUGCGUGCUUUCUUUUGUUGUUAGCGAUGAUGAAGCAGCAGUAAUUUUGGGAACGUCAAGGGGGAUUAUAGAUGUUUGGGAUCUGAGGUUUAAAAUUUUAGUUUACAGUUGGACUUUCGCUGAUCGCGCCCCCAUUGUCAACUUAAACCUAUACCCCUCUUUCUCCAAGCGAGACGGAAUGAAUAUCGUGAUCGUUGGAGGAUCGAGUGAGUGUAUUUUCACAAUUUGGGACUUCUCAAAAUGCCAGUGCAAGUACGUUGUAGCAGACGGGGAAUUUGCUCCAUCAAGUGGAAGCUUAACGGCUCAAACAUUGAAAGCUGAUGAUAAAGAAUUUAAAGCGAGCAACAUAGAGGCUGGGCCUAUAAGCUCGAUUGUUGUUGAGGGUGACAACAUUUUAGUUACUGACAACGAGACAAACAGCAUCAUUUGUUUCAAUGUUAAAGAGGGGACCGCUAUCACGGCUGUCUUAGGCGUAAAUGCGAAAAAGGUUGGCUUUAAGACCUUACAACUUACAGCCACUACAAAGGCAAUGGUCAAACAAAAGGCAGCAGAGAGAACUAUACCAGAAAUCACAAAAAAUCUUCAUCAUAACACCAUCAAUUCGGCCGUUAUGGUCCGUACUGCACUUGACUGGGCUUUAGUUUCUGCGGAUCGCUCGGGAAUCAUGAAUAUUUAUAGAUGA